AUGGCCGUGUUCGUACUAGCGCCGCGCCGGGCGCCGGGAUGUUCCAGCCAAGUCAGAAAAUUCUCUCUUUGCCUCAAGCCCUACUCCUGCGCCCUAUCCCUAAGCCCUCAUUUCUUCUCCUGGACAGUCGCUGCAUCCUUGCCCAUCCUCGACGCUGCCUUACAACUCUAUUAUGGUCAGCACGGUGAUCAACCCAAAGUGUCAAUGGAAUUAGAGUCCUCUUCAGCUCUCCCUGAAACGGGAAGUAAUGCGCCUUCUGAGAAAGUCACCCAUGACCUAGAAAAUGAUCCAUCCUCGCCUCCUGCACAUAAGAAACGUCGCACGGAGUCCGCGUUCGGUGACUCGCCCCAUGUCAAAGAAGAGACAGACAUCGCCCCCGAAGACCGGAUCGAAGAGGAGCUCGCUGCUGCACUCAAUCCUACCAGUGUAGAAGCAGAAAAAGAAGUUCAAAGUACCGAGAACACUAGUCUCGAGUCAACUGAUGCGCCGGACCCCGAGGUGGCGGCGGUUUUCGGUAGUAUCAUUGAUCGUGCCGAGCGCAUCGAAGAACAAUAUGCAUUGGACCAAUUGCCUACAGGUGGCUCUGAAGAGUCCCCCAAUAAGAGCGUGACCUUCGUUAAGGCUAGCUUGUCGCUAAAGAUACAAAGUUUACCUAUUCUUGAUAAUCUCUCAACCCAAAUUCUGUCACUUCUUGCCAAAUCUUCGUAUCAAGACAUCACAUCGUUUGUUUCCGAACCUGAUUCAGAGAAUGGUCAGGCAUAUGCGACUAUGCGCUCGUUGUUCGACCACACGAAGCGAGUAUAUUCUACAAAACAGGCAUUCCUGUCGCCAACUGAACUGGAUUUGACAGAACCCUCACAGAUUGACAUAAUACGCAAAGCAAAUCUAGCUUCUUUCGUUUCUAGCAUAUUUGGAUCACAGGAAAUAAGUUUUGCUGAGCUCAAUGACCAUUUUUUAGAUGUGUUUGUACCUGAAGGCAGCCGCCUGCUGAAGGUUCAAGGCGCACUUUUCCUCGAGCUCAAGACGCAAGCAUUUAUUGCCUCACUCAACAAUGAGGAACGCACCAGAACGGAGGUUUUAUUCGAAUUAUUUCCCGACGACUUAGAGCACGUCCUGCUUUCAAAGCGAUUGGGUACCCGCCAGCUUGCUCCGAGCGAAGCGGAUUUUGUUAAACGAGCUCGCUCCAGACGCGACAUCAUAUUCGCUGACAUUAAUAAUGAAGAAGCAAUGAAGGCAUUGCCGGAUAAAUAUCAUUGGGAAGACUUUUUAAGGGAUCUCAGCUCCUACAUAAGCAAGAAUUUCGAAGCAAUCAACAGCCAACAGUCUCGCAAGGUCAUCAAAGGCCGCCAGUCGAUAUCAGGGGAGAGCCAGGAAGCUCCGAGUGGUGCACCUCUUGAGAGCCAAUUCACUGUGGCUACACAGCCUGCGGAAGCUACCGCGGAUCGCAACCUCCACGGAGAUCUUGUCGCGCGUGCAGCACGAGCAGCACAGAUUGCCUUGCAGGGUCAUGGACUUAGAAAAUCACAACAAUCUCAGCAACAGCCGCAGCAGCAAACACAGCAACAACAACAACAACAACAACAAACACCCCAGCAAGCCCCACAAUCAGCUCACAGCACUCCCGCGCCUCAGGCCAUCAACCAGUCGACUCAGCAAAAUAUAAACCAAGCUUACCAGCAAAGCCCUACGCCACCUGGAUAUCCACAGCAGCUAACAUUCCAGCACAACACAAUUCCCCUUCAGAAUUUUCAACAAUAUACUCCCCCACAGAAUGCCACUAGCAACGUACGAGCAAACGAUGCGGUAGCCAAUUAUGGAUAUAUGCCCGGUGUUCCCCAUUACUCCCAGUCUCAGCCUACCCAGGUUCUUUACGAACGAGCACGUAUGGCAGCGACGGCAAAGUCUUCAUCUAACAGUCGUCGGGCUGGUUUGCCCAGUCAACGGCGUCCCUGGACUACCGAAGAAGAAAACGCUUUGAUGGCUGGGUUAGAUCGUGUCAAGGGACCUCAUUGGAGUCAGAUAUUAGCAAUGUUUGGGCCUGGAGGCACAAUCAACGAGGCACUGAAGGACCGAAACCAGGUGCAGCUUAAAGAUAAAGCUCGAAAUCUGAAACUAUUCUUCCUCAAAAGCGGAAUAGAGGUACCAUACUACCUCAAGUUCGUCACUGGCGAGCUCAAGACACGCGCACCUGCACAGGCUGCGAAGAAUGAGGCACGAGAGCGAGAGAAGAAACGCGGCGAAGAAGAUAAGGCUCAUGUCGAAGGCAUUGAAGGCAUGAUGGCCCUUGCUGGAGCUCACAUGUCUCCUGGUCAAGGCCCAGAUAGCAUGUCAGCGUCCCCGGCGAUCCACCAAGAACCUGAAAAUCAAAAUAUGAUGAGCCAGACUGAGGAGCAGAAGCUGAUUCAGAGCCUGGGCCAAGAAGUGCCUGAAGAAUUGCUUCAUGCUGCCCAACACAACGAACCUCUGAGCACCGCAGCAGAUAUGCAAACUCCCGGUCAGUAG